UGGUUUGUGAUUUGAAAAACGACCUAAAGUCAUACGGCGAGAAAGUCACGUUUUGAGCCGGGCAUUAUAUUUAUUUUGGAGAGGAAAAUCAUAGUUAUCUAUUUUUCAAUUUUGAUAAGUGAAAAGAAGUAAUUAUAAUAAUAAAACGCGCGUUUAGAAAGUGCAGACACAAUAAACAUGUGUCAGGGGCUCACAUGGAAACGGCUAUUUAUAGUGUUUAGAGAGUAGUAAAGGUGCAUUUGUUAAAACUAAUACGAGACAGAUUCCAUGUUGAUGCAGAAAAAUCAAGCACACUGUAGUGUCCGUGCUGUAUGAGUUUAUUUUUUAAAUUAAUAAGCAGUAAAUGAUGAACUCCUCAGUGGUUGUUCCUGUAAUAGAUGUUCAGAAUAAUAACUUUAAAGAAUUAUGGCCUGCUUUAGUGCUCGCCUUUAAAACCUCCUCAUUUAUCGCCUUGGACACUGAGCUCAGUGGUCUUGGAGCGAGGAAAGCUCUUCUAGCAGAGUCGAUUGAGGAUCGGUAUAAAGCGAUAUGCCAUGCCGCCCGAUCUCGCUCCAUUCUGUCCCUGGGACUUGCCUGUUACAAGAAACUUGAUGGCAAAGCGGACAGGACGUACCUGGUUCAGGUGUACAACCUGACGCUGCUGUGUGCGGAGGAGUAUGUGAUCGAGCCGCAGUCAGUGCAGUUCCUUGUUCAGCACGGCUUCGACUUCAACAAGCAGUACGCUCAGGGCAUUCCAUACGACAAGGGCAACGAUAAGGGAGGAGAACCUCAGGGUGUGAACAUGCGUACGUUGUUCGUGGAGCUCUUGAGAGCCAACAAGCCUCUGGUGCUCCAUAACGGCCUGAUCGACCUGAUCUUCCUGUAUCAGUGCUUCUACGCUCACCUGCCCGAGAAACUAGGAACCUUCACCACCGAUCUGUCGCAGAUGUUCCCUGCCGGCAUUUACGACACCAAAUACGCCACUGAGUACGAACUCCGCUUCACGGCAUCGUACCUGGAGUACGCGUAUAAGAAGUGUAAGUUGGACAACAGCAGAGCCGUCGAGGCCGCUCAGGACGGACCGCACGUGUUCCUGGAGUUUUGUAAUUACACUGGACGUCUGCAGAGCUACGUGGACUACAGGCCUUGCAUCAACAGCCACGCCCAUGACAGUCCUCUGAACAUCUGCAUUCAGUUCUCGGCUUACGGGUGGUGCUCCAGCGGCUCUCGCUGCCCCAUGUCACAUGACACGGACCUCAUCAUCCGGCAAGACGAGAACAGCAAGGAGGACAAGCGACAAAAAAGGAAGCGCAGGAAGAAGAAGAAGGCUGAAAAGGAAGAGGGGACACCGCAGGAUAAAAAAGCUCACGUGGAGAAUAUGGAUGAGGACGGUGAAGAGAAAGAGGAGCAGAAGGAAGAUAAACAGGUUCAGGGGAACGUUACGGCUCACGACGAAGAGAUGCCAAGCGGAGGAACUCCAGCUGUCGAGUCUCAGAGCGAUCCUCCUCAAACACACGAUCCAAAAAACGAAAGUCCGAAAGCCAGCGAGAGGAAGGUGGAAGGAGGAACACACCGAGCCGGCUUUGACGCCUUCAUGACCGGAUACAUUUUCGCCUUCGCGAGCGUCCGGAAUACUGAAGAAGGAUCAGACUCGUGGAUUCCUUCCUGCGCCAACAAGCUGUACCUGAGCGGCAAGAGCGUGCCACUUCACAUCGCCAAAAGCACUUUCUCAAAGUCCUCCAGAGCUCACGUGACCAAGAUGGAGCACAUCUGGAGAAAACAGUUUCCCAAAGCAGACGGGAACGCGUGACGGGAAUUUGUUUUUGGGAAAUUUAUUUCAUUUAAAAAAGUUGCCUCAAACAGUGUAAUAAAGUGGCAUUCUGAUUUUAUAUACGUUUAAAAAAAAAAAAAGAUUUAUUCUGUACAGUUUUCUCACACACCUACACCGUCUGGUGGGUCCAGAGUCUAUCCCGGGAAUGCUGAGGGGUGAGGUAGGAAUACACUCGAUGUAUGGUCCGUUGCAGGUCUCUACGCACGCAGCCAUCCAAAAUCGGAACAGUUUAGCUCUGCCGAACCACCUUCGGAAAUUGGAAAACCUAAAUGGAAGUUCAGAAUUCCACUUCAAUUUUGUAAACUUUUCUUUGGUGUGAACAUAUUCACUUUUCACACAUGGCCCUGUGAAGCAUUUAAAUUUCAUCUCCUCCCUCUUUCCUUUGAUAGAUUGAAGGGGCGUGGCCAAACAGGCACCUGCAGAAUAGCGAGAUUUAUCAGCGGAACUACCGAUUUGGAAAUAGCACCGAAAUUGUAAUUUACAUAAAACACACUGGGACUUUACCACAAAGAUGACGGGGGG